AAUUAACUUGUUCAACGCAUAUACAUUUCUGUUUAGUAUACGUAUCAUAUAUGUGUAGAUGUUGAAUUCGUUUUUAGAGAUGUGUUGUUGAAUAUAUCUUCUGAUGAAUAGGUCACGAUGGCUAAACGUAAAGAGCAGCUCAGGAAAAAAGAUCUGUCCACGAUAGUGGUGGCGUGUGAGUGGGGGUCCUGCUCUUACAAGGGCACCAGGAUGGAGGACCUGAGCGAACACAUGUCCCAGCACCUGAAGGAUCACCUGGGAGAGGGAGAUGCCAUGGAGGACCUCGACGACUACCCCUGCCUGUGGCGCGGCUGUGAGUUCCUGGCCAUGGGCAGUCCUAAGGAGCUGGCAGUGCACUCGCACUUCCACGUCUUCCACGCCAAGCUGAAGGUGGUGGGCGGUCAGCAGCUGCAGGCCCACCCCGAGCUGCCCAGCUGCGGCCAGGAGCUCAACAGCAGCAACCUCAUCACCGAGCUGGGAGAGGCCUUCGUGUGCGAGUGGGAGCACUGUGAUAGCACGUUUAACAACCCUGAGUGGUUCUACCGCCACGUGGACAUGCACGCCCACUGCACAGAGCUGCAGCCCCUACCUGACCACCAGCAGGCGCUCUUCUGCAGCUGGAAAGGCUGCGAGGCCUUCUUCAAGAUAAAGUACCGGCUGCGGGAGCACCUGCGGAGCCACACCCAGGAGCGCAUCGUGGCCUGCCCCACCUGCGGGGGAAUGUUCUCCAGCAACACCAAGUUCUUCGACCACAUCCAACGCCAGGCCCAGCCCGACGAGUCACUGAUAUGUGGUCACUGUGAUAAAGGCUUUGCCAACGAGAGGCUGCUGAGAGACCAUGUGCGCCAGCACGUGAACCAUAUAAAGUGCCCUCUGUGUGACAUGACCUGUACGUCUCUUGCCACGCUGAAGAUCCACAUCAAGUUCCGUCACUGUGAUGAACGGCCUUUCCCAUGUGACUUCUGCGAGAGCUGCUUUAAGAACCUGCAUGACCUGCGGAAGCACAUGGAGACCCACAACGAGGGAGCAGCGUACCACUGCAGCGUCGAGGGCUGCAGUUACUCCUCACGCAUGUCUGACACCAUGCGGCAACACUACAGGAGAGUCCACGAGGGCUCCAUGGCUCCCCGGUAUAAGUGCCACCUGUGUGAUAAGACGUUCUCCUGGUGCUACACCCUCACCCUCCACCUGCGCAACAAACACCAGCUCAAGUGGCCCUCUGGACACGCACGCUUCAGGUAUAAGAAAGACGAGGAUGGCUACAUGCGUCUGAACAUGGUGCGCUAUGAGACGGUGGAGGUCACGCAGGAGAUCAUGAAGAACAUGGCCAAGAAACGCACCCCCCCUGGAGCCCCCCGCAAGUCCAAACGCCCCGCCCUGGAGCCCUCCCCUCACCCCUCCCCCUCGUCUGCCUCCUCCUCCUCCUCCCCCUCCUCCUCGCCCGUCCCCUCCCCGUCUGAGCUCUCAGAAGGACACGCCUCCUCGCCCCUCUCACAGGAGGCGGGGCCUGUGUACUGUGUGCUGAGCACGGUGUCGCAGGUGGGGGAGGAGCCUGACUCUCUGCAGGAGGAAGACGAACAGGGGGAGGAGUCCAGCAGCAAUCAAUCGGGAGCCGUGAGGGCGCUGGCGGCCGUGGCGAGGGGGCUGGGCAUGGAUGUAGUGUGACAGGUCAGGGGUCGGGGUCAAGGGUCAAGUUGGAUGGGAGGCUGAGGAAGAGGAGGAGGAUAAAAAGGGUUAAGAGGACUUCCUUCCUGUGUGUGUGUGUGUGUGUGCACGUGGUCAAGCAUGUGCAUGUAUGAGUGUGUGUGUGUGUGUGCACACGUGGUCGUGCGUGAAUGAGAGUGUGUGUGUGUAAUGGCAGAAUGAUUAGGCUGCCCCCCCCCUCCUCUGAAGAGACACAUGGAAGCCUCAGGUCAGUGGGGCGGGGGGGGGCACUUUUAGAAGUGUGAAUAUGUGUUUGAUGAGUUUUAUCUGAGGUUCCGGGUUGGGAAUGGGUCUGAAAUGUGAAGUUCUGGAGACACCUGCAUGUCUGUGCUGGGACCAGUGACUGGGCGUGGUCUGAUGAACUGGACCAAUAGAAUGUGAGAAUGAGAAGGGGACGUGGGGGAGUGUUUUCUGAGCAGAUCAUGGAGUCUGUCUGUCUGUCUGUCUGUCUGUCUGUCUGCGUCUGAUUGGAGGCUCCACAUAGACAGUACACUGAUGUUGUUUACUUGUUGAUGCGUUUUAAUUGCUUUCUUGUAUGUUAACUGUGCGUACCUCCAGAUGGAUAUUUUUAUAGUGAGUGUAACAUUGGUGAGUUUUAUAUUUUGUACAUCUCAACAGGAGCAGGGUGCUGCUUUAGAGAAGAAUAAUUAUUAUAAUAAUAAAGAACAUUGAAUAAAAA